AUGUCCGCCAAGUGGUACCCAGAAGGCUACUCCUACCCUACCCUGCCACCCAACUUUGGGGGCUCCCCCGCUACCAGUUCGUCCGGAAACUCCUCCGGUCAUCGUCCCUCCCCCAGUCGAUCGACUGUACCGGCACGCGAUGGCGCAGCAGGACGAGUUGGUUAUUAUGACCGCUCUAUUAAAUCGACCUCUUGCCACACCUCUGUCCUUGGCCAUCCCCCGCUUGACUCGACUGCUGGUCGGCCAGAGCUUGUUUCUGGGGUUGAUUAUUUCAAGAUUGGAGAGAUUGUUCAGAUUCGUCGCUACCAUUCCGCGGACAAUGCUUACAGCAACUGGCUGCCUGGAAGGGUCGUCCGCCCCAUCUUUAAACCCUGUACUAUCGGAGGAGACAGCAGGAGCUAUGUCGUCUCCUACACGGACCCGUAUACUCAAGAUUACAAGGAAAAGACUUUCUCUCCCUGGCUCAACGAAAUUUCGGAAAUCGCACUUGAGAGGCCUUCCUCUGCCUGCUCCAACAAACCAACUAAAGAGAGCACCGACACCGCUGCAGUUCCGCGUAUGAACGCUCCAGUUUACGCUCGCGUCAAAUUGCCCCAGUGGACGAAAGAAGGCACGCAAGAGAGUAGACGCGUUUGGGUUCCAGCGCUUCCCCUUGCCCCACCUGGUGUGCAUGGCCUCCACAUCCGUGUCCUUGCCGGGCAAGCUGCGCAUCAGGAGUUCUCCGGGGUUACAGAGAUCUUACCGUACUCGCCCAAGACUGUCUCCGAGUGUAGGAAGAAAGGCCAGCUUGUGGAAGGUGAUGGUCUGAAGAGAUAUCUUUAG